CACUCCAAUCAUUUCAAACGCCGCCCGAAAUGGCCACUUGUAUGUACCCAUUUCCGCCUGCGGACAGGAACAGGAAAUCUACAUCAAAAUGGUGAUUUUCCUGUUCGCCUGCCGGGUCGCUUUUUAAAAUUUGUUAGCGAACAACAGCGUGAGCGCGAUCCUAACCUUCAAACAAUAACAAAUAACAAAACGAAACAAACACACCUACCACAACAGCUAUGUUUGUUGCGGGCGUCCGCGUACACUGUGCUAAUAUUCGCGCUUGGUUUCUAGAGAAUGAUUAACCAUAUAAUGGAGCGGGUCAAGAAGAACGUCCGACUUAUUAAGGACUCGCCUCAGUACGUGAUCGCUGAUGAUGUACCUGCGAAUAUUAUCGCGACUUUGUUGCCAGAGUCACAAAUGCCUAGUAAUCUCAGUACAACCAUUAAUGAAUUGGGCAAAAAGCUGUUGCAGGCUGCACAAGAUGGGGAAGUUGAAGAAAUCAGAAGACUUUUGGCUAAGGGUGCUCCUUUCACAGCAGACUGGUUGGGUACCAGCCCUUUGCACUUAGCAGCACAAAACAACCACCUUGAAAUAUGUGAGAUUUUUCUCAGGGCUGGAAUGUUUAAAGAUACAAGAACUAAAGUUGAAAGAACACCACUUCAUAUGGCUGCCUAUGAAGGUCAUUUGGAAAUUGUGGAAUGUUUGCUAAGACAUGGUGCUGAUGGAGAUGCCAAAGACAUGCUACAAAUGACUCCUUUGCAUUGGGCGGCCCAAAAUGGCCAUGCUGAAAUAGCAGCAGCGUUAAUUCGUUCAGGUGCAUCUGUAAAUGUCACCAAUAAGUUUGAUCUGACACCCAUGGAGAUAGCUGUACAAAUCGACCGAUCUGACAUCGUCGAAAUAAUCAACUACACGAUCCGCGACCCGCUGCAAGCCACAAACCACUUAAUGGAACUAAAUGAGAAUACUGCUGAUGCUGUUGAACCAAUUUUGCAAUUGAAUCUGCAAGAUGAAGCUUCAAAUACCGAAUCAGAAUUGCCUAUAGAGACUGUGUUAAUGGACAAUGACAAUUCUCAGGAUUACCUGCAAGAUGCACAAGUUGACACUGAGCAUAAUAUCGAUAGUAAUCAGGAACAAUUAGAAGUUCAAUAUGUUGAAGAAAACACGAAUUCGUUCACGGAAUCAAUGAAACUAUUGCAACAACACGGCAUCACGAUGAUUCCAGACGAUGACAGUAACAUCCUAAGUUCAGUAAUGGAGACCGGGCAUUCCGUAGUCCUCACCGAGGCUGGUAAACAAGCACUGAACAGUAUAAAAGCCGAGAAAACCUCACCGAUUGGGAUUACGCCAAUCACAACCGUCAGUAAAUCAACGCUUGUUAACCAGCCGUCGUUUAAAAAGAAGAAAAUCAUCACGGUUACCGCUGAUCAGUUCCUAGCGAUGACAACGAACAACUCGAACUCACUGCGGAUUGUUAACGGUAAACUCGUGCAAAACAAACCGAUGCCGGUGAAACGCAUCGUGCCGAAGAAUAAAGUGAUAAAUCAAAACAUUCGGCCGGCUGUCAAUAACGCGAUGACGAUAAAAAGUGACACAUUAACGGUGACUGAAGCAGAGCUCAUAGAGCAGCUGAACAAGGCGCGCUCCAUGGCUGAAGUAUAUAAAAAGCGGUUAGUUCGGACUGAGUUAGAGUUGCAGAAGUAUAAACAAAAGUGUAAGUUACUCAUGGACCAAAACAAUUUAAACAAUUUGAAUAUGUGAGUCUUGAAGGAGAGAAAUGAGUGGGUUGAGGAUAGUGAAUGGCAAUAAUUAUAAAGGGAGAAUUUCUAAUAUUUUUCUACGGAUGGCUACGACUAUUGACUUGUUGGAUAUAUUAGAGAUAUUUGCGUUAACUAUGAUUUCUUUAUAUUUUGGGAAGUAUAACGGUCUAAAAUGCAACAAUAUUGGAUUAUUAAUUAAUUGCUCAAAAACGCAACAUGUCAAAAUUUAUUUUUAUUGUUUAAAAUGUUUCAUCUGCAUUAAGAUAAGUUGAUGGCUGGUUCUGGUAACAGUUGAUACACAGGGCAUUGUCACGCCUUGUUUUACUUGCGUUUUUAACUUUUAAUACAAUUCUGACAUGAUUAGUUUUGGAUAAAUUUAUUAUCAAUUUUGUUUAUUUUAGAUCGUUCUGCACGCCUCUCCUAUUUUGUACAUAUGUUUUAUUUAAGAGAAUGCGUUCGAAACAUUUUUAAUAAAAUUAUAAAUCAAAA